AUGGAGCGGCCCAAAUGGCCGCCCGGCGCCCGCGGCAGGAAGGCGCCGCGGAAGAAGCGCCGCUCUUCCCCGCUGCCGGGGGCGGUCGCCCCCGCCGUCCGCAGCCGGGCGGGCAGCGCGGCCGGCGCCCUCCGGCCCUGCCGCCGCCGCCUCUUCGGCGGCGCUGGCCCCGCGGGGCUGCAGCCGCAGAGCAGCCUGAAGGGAAAAUCCAAUGUGAAAAGCUUACCAAAAAUUAAAGAAAAGUUUGAAGUGACCCAAGUGAGCCAUUCAUCCAAUCAGAGCACUCUAGUGAAUGUCGAAGAGGUGACCACCAUGGAAAAAACUGAAGAGAAAAUGGCAGAGAGCACAGUACUGCUGAAGGAAUCUUCGGUAAUCAACUUUGAAAGUAAAGAAAGUUUGACAAAUGCUGAAGUGACUUCAAGUACAGGAUUGACUCUUCCCACAGGUGUUUCAACCUAUCUACUAGAGUGUUUAGAUGUAGAUUCCACUGCAGACUAUAACACAGGCUCUAAUGACAACACGAACAAUUUCUCAUCCCCUGAAACAUUCAGAUAUGAAGAUGGUUCAGACAGAAGUAACCCUUGCCCUGAGGACUGCAUCAAAUAUAAAAACUCAACUCUCCUGGACUCUAGCAAAGCAAUGGCCAUAGAUAAGAUGCCACAGAUCUCCAAUCUGUCAGCAAUAUUAGAACCAAUGCUGGAGGAUUUUCAAGACCAGUACACUAGAAGAAAUAAACCAUCAAAAUACAAUUACAGUUCUUCAGAAUUAAAUGUUUCAACUGCUCUAGCAGGGAAACGAGUCUGUAAAAUUACAGCUACAAGAGAGAGAACUCCAGACCUAAAAACUGGUAUGCGCUGUUCUUCACCAAUAGGACCAGAAAGAAAGCCUGACAAUCAAACUGCUAAACCCAAGAAGCUGGAGUGCAAGAAAAAAGCUAAAUUGUCUAGUCCUUUAGAAGAUGUAUCAUCAUUCAGUCAGCUUGAAUCUGCCCCAGAAAACACUUCAGCCAAAUCAGUGGAGUUGACAGCACAAGUACUGCCAUCCAAACAGCCUGUUGCUAUGCAAAUGAGUUCCACCAUGCUGGUCGUGGAGAAUAACAAAGCUCUGCUAAAAAAACCUGGUUAUGCUCAGUCUACAGAGCUACAUCCUCCAUGUAACAGAGAAGAAAUCUGCUCCAUUGUUAGAACUUCACCAGGUCAUAGGUCUUCCAGGCUUCCUCGAAUUCCAGUUAAUAGAAAUGUAUUCUGCCUUCCCAAAGGAGUGCCUGAAGAUACUAUUACAAGUACCAAAAAUUGGGUCUACAAUAAACAUAGAUGAGAUUUCUGGUUUUCAGCAAGAGUCAAAAGAAGAAAAAAGGUCUUGCUUCUGUGGCAGGGAGGUGAAAUGAGGGCAAUAAGAAGAAUUACUGGCUGAAUAUUUUUGGCUUAUUCACUUUCUGAAAUUUAGUAUAAUGCUUUGUGAGAGAACUUCAUCAAGGAGAGAAUGCAUGUAUCAUUAAAGUAUUCUGAUGCAGCUCUUCAUGCUUUUGGCUUAAAAAUUAUUAAAUUUGCAACCUGCAACUGCACUUUAUGUAUGUCACAUCAACUGUCCUAAUAAACUCUUUAUUUUCUAGUGCAGACUUGAGGCUUACAUAGCAAUGGACCUCCCCAAUGAAAGAGUGACUGUCUAUUGAGCCUUAUUUGUGUUGCAGGCA